GUGAGCGGGCUGCUGAAGAAUGAGGCUUUCAGCAUGCAGAGGGGUUUCCAGGCAGGUCUCCUGCUCCUGCUUGUCCAGCUGUUCCAGGAGGGUCCUGGAAACAUCCCAGCCAUCACCCUGGCUGUCCUGGGAUUCAAUGUGUACCUGUACGUGUUUCCUCCUGCUCCACCACUGAAGCUUUCAGUAUGCAGAGGGGUUUCCAGGCAGGUCUCCUGCUCCUGCUUGUCCAGCUGUUCCAGGAGGGUCCUGGAAACAUCCCAGCCAUCACCCUGGCUGUCCUGGGAUUCAAUGUGUACCUGUACGUGUUUCCUCCUGCUCCACCACUGAAGGCUUGCAUGAGCCUUGAUCAGGUGUACUGGAAUAAAGAGUGGCGACGCCUCCUCCUGUCCCCCCUGCAUCACAUCGAUGAUUGGCACCUUUACUUCAACAUGGCGUCCUUCCUGUGGAAAGGCAUCAGGCUGGAGCGACGUCUGGGUGGAAGCUGGUUCCUGUACCUGCUGUCAGUCUUCUUUCUGCUCACUGGAUUGGUGUACCUGCUGCUGCAGGCGCUGAUGAUUAAGCUCAUGGAGGGCACGGAUUCUUCUGAUCCCUUAUUGGAAUAUGUGCAGGCUUUCAGCAGAGAGUGUGCUGUCGGCUUCUCAGGGGUCUUGUUUGCGCUGAAGAUCGUCAAUAACCACUUCAACCCCGGUGGUGUGACGUACGUGAUGAAUAUUCGGGUGUCCAAUCGCUUUGCUAGCUGGGUGGAGCUGGUGCUCAUCUAUCUAAUCGCUCCUGGGACCUCUCUGGUUGGCCACCUGGCAGGUGUCCUGGUGGGUCUGCUCUACACUGCGGGUCCACUGAAGACCAUCAUGGAGGCAUGUGCAGAUAUGUUAUCUUCAGAUGGAGUUUCUUCACGCCAGCGUUCAUACUACAGCUCUUCAGGCUACAGCGGGACCAGACGAGAAUACUUUGAAGAGCCUCGAUCUGCGGAGGAUCACACGUCUGAUUAUUCUGAGAGCUACAUCUCAGGACUGACGGAGGAGGAGCAGAUAGAGCUGGCGAUCAGAAACAGUCUGAAACAUCGAGGACAAACCAGGCGAAGAGAAACUGAACAUCACCCAGGGGACUCUGAGGAUCUCAGGAGGAGGCGGCUGAGGAGGUUUGAGCAGGAAGUUACCAACCAGAGAAGAAGAUUGUAAUGACGGAUUUUUAUUUUCCAGUUUUGUUUUUUUC